GAAAAUAACAAUGUGCGUCAGUUUUUUCUGGCUGCGCAUUUCACUUGAAUCUGUAUGACAAUAUGGCGGAAGGAGAGGAGCCAAUGGUUGUGGAUGGAGGGAAUGGGGAUAGCAGUGGCUGGCAGGGAAGAUGGGACCAUGUCAAAAAGUUCUUAGAGAGAGCUGGACCCUUCACUCAUCCGGAUUUUGAACCCAGCACUGAGUCUCUCCAGUUUCUGUUAGACACAUGCAAAAUUCUGGUUAUUGGAGCUGGCGGACUUGGAUGUGAGCUGCUCAAAGAUCUGGCUUUGUCAGGUUUUCGACACAUUCAUGUGGUGGACAUGGACACCAUUGAUGUUUCCAACCUCAACAGACAGUUCCUCUUCAGACCAAAAGAUGUGGGCCGACCAAAGGCAGAGGUUGCAGCAGACUUUGUAAAUGACAGGAUCCCUGGGUGCAAUGUUGUCCCACAUUUUAAGAAAAUCCAGGACUUGGAUGAGACAUUUUACAAGCAAUUUCACAUAGUAGUAUGUGGCCUGGACUCUGUUGUUGCCAGAAGAUGGAUGAAUGGCAUGCUGUUAUCCCUGCUGAUUUAUGAAGAUGGUGUCCUGGAUCCCAGCUCCAUUAUUCCUCUAAUAGAUGGUGGCACAGAGGGCUUCAAAGGCAAUGCCCGAGUCAUUCUUCCGGGCAUGACAGCUUGCAUUGAUUGCACCCUGGAGCUUUACCCCCCACAGAUAAACUUCCCAAUGUGCACUAUAGCCUCUAUGCCACGGUUACCUGAACAUUGUGUUGAAUAUGUCCGCAUGCUGCUUUGGCCCAAAGACAAGCCUUUUGGAGAUGGUGUGGUGCUAGAUGGUGAUGACCCAAAGCACAUCCAGUGGGUCUACCAGAACUCUUUGGAGAGAGCAGCAGAGUUCAACAUCACUGGGGUGACUUACAGACUCACUCAGGGGGUUGUGAAGAGAAUAAUUCCUGCUGUGGCUUCUACAAAUGCUGUUAUUGCUGCUGCUUGUGCCACAGAGGUUUUCAAAAUUGCCACAAGCGCCUAUGUUCCCUUGAACAACUACCUGGUGUUCAAUGAUGUUGAUGGGCUGUACACGUACACCUUUGAGGCUGAGAGAAAGGAGAACUGUUCUGCCUGCAGUCAGGUGCCACAGGACCUGCAGUUCCCACCUUCAACUAAACUACAGGAGGUUCUGGACUACUUGACUGAGAACGCCUCUCUCCAAAUGAAGUCUCCUGCCAUCACUACAACUGUGGAUGGAAAAAACAAAACUCUGUAUUUACAGACUGUGGCAUCUAUUGAAGAGAGAACUCGACCAAAUCUAAGCAAAACACUGAAAGAGCUUGGACUUGUGGAUGGCCAAGAGCUGGCAGUGGCUGAUGUCACCACUCCUCAGACAAUGCUCUUCAAGCUCAACUUCAUCUCAUAGAACAAAUGCUUCAUUCUGAUGGACAGUGGUUAUUGCAGUCGUCAUCAAAAUGAAGCAGACUUGGAAAUGUAGCCUAUAAGCUCCAUGCUUCAGUGCAUCAACAGCAUCACAUGCACAUGCUCUGUUGGAAUAGCUGCGGUUUGUAUUUAGGGUUUUUGGUCAACUAUGUCCAUCAAAGACACUUACAGAAGGCAUUUGUUUCGUUGUCUUGCACUGCUAUAUCCGUAGGAGUCAUUUUUGUGGAUUUCUUUUUUUAUGCAAACUGUUUAUCUAUUUAUUUUGUUGUUGUGCAUUCAAACCAGUUUGACAGUAUGUUGUUCAAUGUCUUGUCUUGUAGAAAAAAAAUCGUUCAUGUUUUGAAUUAAAAUUGGAAACCUUAUUUUAAACAAGUAAUGAAGUCCCAGUCCUGUAAUGUUUUCCUAACUUUAAAUUUAAAAUAUCCUUUUACCCAAUUUGUGAAUAAAAUUACUUGGUUAAAUAUUUAAAAAGGCUCAAAAUAUGAUGGAAUCUCCCGAAUAAAAAUAUUUUGUAAACAAA